AUGUUUCUCUCUGACCUUCCAAACGAAAUGCUGCUAUGGAUCUUUUCUAACCUCGACGAGUUGAGUGAUAUGAAUGCCUUCUCUCAAGCUAGCCGGUACUUCUACAACCUCACAACCGACGAUUUAUACCGCAUCUCCGAAAAACGCCAUCCGGGACGAGCGAUCCAAUGGGCAGCAAAGGUAGGCAAUUUAGCCAGUGCAAAUAAAUUGAUCGAAAAGUGCAAUAAUUGUUUAAGCGCAGUUAAAGACAGACAACCCAUCAUCAUUGCCGCAGAGAAUGGGCACAUGGAACUGGUUGAAUUAUUCCUCAGUCACAGCUUUCCGAAUGACACUGCCAAAGAAGAAGAUCAAGCCGAGGCAAUUGCGUUCAGAAAAUCAGUGAUUGGAGCAGUCCGGUACUGUCAUGAGAAUGUGGUGAAGCUACUUUUGAAGUAUAAACCCCACAUCGCAUUUUAUAAGCGAAAUUUCUUCGCCGCAUUUCCUCUGUGCGCAGCCGCCAGAUAUAAUCGACUCUCACUUGUGGAGCUCUUGAUUAAAUCUAAAUGCGGCGCCAAUGAUCACCCAGUUGGAAAAAAGACACCACUAGCCCAUACUGCCUCAAUCAGACCCACAACUCCAUCAGAGUCGAAGACUGUCUUCGAGAUUGUUCGACUGUUAGUUCGCGCUGGCGCGAAUGUCGAUAACGAUGGUGACUCCAUGCUGGAAGUUAUAAAAUCGAGGAAUAUACCCCUACUCCAGCUCUUGAUGGAAAAUGGGUUCAGCCCACAGAAUCUAAGUGCGGGCGAUAUCCUUAAUGAGUUCUCGCGCACCAGACGCAAGGACCAAGAAAUGGCUUCUCUGCUACUCAGCUGGCUUGAUGUGGACGCCGUCAUUGCAUCGGGCAGUCACCAGCGGUGGAACCUUUUCAAAGGAGCGAUUUUCCAUGACUUGGAUGAACUGACGAAGACAUUGGUACAGGAGAAAUAUUUCCUCGAUAAACGUUACCGGUCAGAACGAGCAGCGAUAGGAUGCUGUCCCAUUAAUCUGGCUGCUUGUUAUGGCCGUGAAAAGACUAUUCAACUAUUAGUCGCUCAUGGUGCCAGUCCCAACGGCGAAUCACGGAACCAACGGGCGUUGGAAUUGGCUUUAAACAGAAGGCCGAGUUUGGGGACCGCAAAGAUUCUUCUUGAUAGCGGGGCGAAUGGUGCUUUGGCUUUGGAAAGCGCUAUAAAUAAAAAGAUUCGGCCUGUGGUUGAAUUGAUCGCUCCAUACGUUCCGACUAUCGUUCUAUGA